AUUCCAAACAUACCAAACUCACAGGUUCGACUAAAAUGUCAAAUUCUUUUAACAGUUUUGCUUGUUAGUGAGUUUUAUUGUGAAAAACUGUGUUAUUAUUUGUGUUUAAUUAAUUCCUUCUCUAUUAAUUACCUAUUUAAGGAUAUCCAAAGCUAUAAGAUCUACAAAAUGGAGAGCGGGGAAUCUCCAUUAGAAGUCUUAUCCAGGGCUGCCACAAUGGUCCAGGAGAACCAAUCCUUAGGAGUAUCAGAUGACCCGACGAAACCUUACACAAAACAUACAACAAAAUGGAAGCGAGAAAGGCGACCGAGACCUCCGGAUUACCCGAGGAAAUCCUCUGACCCGAAAUAUUCUGAAUUCGUCGCCGAUUCUCCAUCGCCGGCGGUGGUGCCCGAGAGCAACGGCGUCUCCAUGCCGGAUACGCCGCUGGAUAUGAGCGUCAGGCAGAGAGGGUUGCCGCCCUCUUAUGCUCAGACGAUCAGCAAUCCCGGGUACAGAUCUAGUUAUAGGCCUUCUGUUAUUCACAACGGAGUGCCGCCAGCGAGAGAAGAGUUGCCGUCAGGUAUUUCUAUGUGCGAUCCAAUAAUCGACGAGCACUUCCGACGAUCGUUGGGCAACGACUACCACAUCGUAUUCCAAAAUAACAAUUCUUCCAAAGACAAAGAACAGUCACCCCCCAAAAGUCCUCCUACGGUGACUACAACCACCAGCGUCAUCGAACUGAUGGACGGCACUGGGCUGUCAGUCGACGAACAUUUUGCCAAAGCUCUCGGGGACACUUGGACGAAGCUGAACAGCAGGAAAGAGUCCGAGAUUCCUAACGGCUCUAGUGAGAACGGACUGGUGUCUACUUAAAUUUACUUGUAGGGUUUCUAUAGAUCCACUUCAUGAAUAAUAUUGUAAUGGGUGAUGUAUUGGACCCAUUUUGCAGGAUUGUUAGAGAACAUUGUAAUGAAAUUCUUUAAAUAAGUUGAGAGAGGGUUUCGUCAUUUAGUUUAUGAAAUAUUCAGAGUGUUUUGGACAACGCUGUAUUUAUACAUUGAUUGUAUAAAGCCACAGUUUUGUGCCCAAAUUAUUGGCACUGUUUGUACAUAAUUUGAAUGUGCUGAACCUAAAACUAUCUUCAGAUUUGCCUUACCAAACUGUUUUUAAGAAAUUAUGACAAUUUUCAAGAUGUCUUCUGCACGGAUAUAUAAAUAUAUUUACGUAUAUAUUUAUAAUUAUAAAUAUAGAUCUUAUAUUUCUGAAGAAAUAUCUCUGGAAGGUUAUUUAUAACGAGAAUUUGAGUAUCCUCAAAGUUCAGGAAAAUUUUAAAAACUGUAAAGCGAUAUUAUGGAAUUAUGGCAAAGCGUAUGGCACCAAAAGAAUGUAUAAAAAUAAAUUUGAAUAGAGAAAAAUUUGACUUUUAUAGCCCAUUUAAAAAAUCCGCAAUCUCACCCCUUUAGCCAAUUUUUUUCUUUUGAAAUGAGUUUCAAGCUUACUUGCUCUUCUAUCCAUAAAAAAACAGCAAUUUCGAUAACCAAGCAUUGUCCAGAAAGUGUUUUCUCGAAAAUAUUUUCGAAAUUUCUGGAUAAAUGGAGGUGGAUUGUAAAAUUAUUAAUCAAGAACAAAAAAAUAUAUUCCAUUUUACUUUAAACUUAUGUAUACCUGAUUCGAAUAAAGGAAAAUUUUAUUUUUAUUUUUAAACACAUUUAAAAAAAAUCCCCAAACUCACUCUUUAACCAAUUUUAAAUUGAUGUUUUAGAGAUAUCUUCAAAUUGUACAUACCAAAUUUUUCACGAACCUUAAAAAGAGUGUUCUUAUUGUUUCAAAAACAAAUUUCCAAGACGUUAUUUAUCAUUUUUUUUAAUCGACAGAAUAAUAUGAACAGUUUCAUGACAGAAAAAUGGCUGUAACUGUUAACUCUUCUUUCUAAAAUUAAUCUUAAACUUUCCACAACUUUUUCAGCUAGGCAAUAUUUAAAUUCUAGUUAUAAACAAUUUUCCCGAGGUUGUUCAUACAAAAAUUUAAGGUCCAACUCAUUACAGCACUUUUAAUGCUUUUUGUACAAAUCAGGACUGGACUUUAUGCUGUUUUCAGCAUUUCUAUGGAAUAUUCCUAAUAUAAAUGUUUAUCAUAAUCAAUAAGGUUGGUGUUCCCAUUUUCACAGCAACGCAAGAAUAUUACAGAUAUAAUUAUGUGGUUGUGCAGAAUAGACAGAACACUAAUGCAGCUUUAAUUUCUACUGCUGUAUCUCUAAGGCUAGAUCUGAUUUAAAAAAAAACUUAUAACUUUAGGAUCGGUACAUUCAAAAUUACCAAACUCAAUUGCUUUUUUCCAAUAAAAGAAUUUAUUUGGGCUGUAUUAUGGACACCACCCCGCUUGAAAAAUUGCUAUAUAUUUAUUAAUUUAGAACUAUAUACAGAGAAAUUAAUAUUGGCACACUUGGUAGCUUAAAAACCAAAUCUUAAACCCACAAAAUUACUAUUGAUUUAGCUACAUGAUGAUAUACAAUUUUUUAGUAUUUCUUGUGUUUAGGUUCAAUAAAAUAUAUUAAAUUUGGACUAGAUUUUAUUUUCCAAUGAAAUAAUUUCCUGCCGUUUUGGCAGGAAACACUUGAAUGUGUCAAAAUUCAAAACGUAAAACAUUUAUUCAAAUGUCAGUGUCCCGUUUUACGUUUUGAAUCUUGACAAAGGCAAGGGUCUCCUGCCGAACUUUGAUUAAGUCUGAACCCACAUAAAAUUAAAAAUGCUAAAAUAAAACACUCUUUGUGUCGCUUUUCUCUGCAUAUAUUGGCAAAUAUAUAAUUUAUAUCAUUUUAUGUAAUAUUUACAUAUGCUAUAAAAAAUUUUAUUUUGUUUGACUUUUUUUAUGUGAUUUUGAUUUAUUCGAUUCAAAAGGGGUUGGUGAAAUAAUUAAGCAAAAUUCUAAACACCAUUCAUAAAAGACCUUCGUAGAACAGAGGCGGAACAUUUAUUAUAUUCGCCCUGUAAUAAUAUAAAUUUAAAAUUAGGAAGCACAUGGUUGUCCUUUUUAUAAGAAGGACUUUUUUGAAUUUUUUUAUAGGUGAGCACUAGUGCACAAGUUCCUUUGUCAUUUUGAGUUUGUGAUUUAAUUUUUUUAUUUUUAGUUUUCGUUUAUAACUUACUUUUUUUGUUUAAAACUCAACUUUUACAUUCGAAAUUGUCCAGCAGAGUGUUAAUUUCUGGUUUAUUUGUAAUAAUUUGAAGUAAGAGUAAUACUGUAAGAGAAAAAUAUGGUUUUUUGCUACAAGUGUUACAUUAAGGAAUCAAUUUUAUUUGAACCAUCCAAAAUGUUCUUUUCCUAAAAGUUACUUUAUACAUUUAAUGGUGUAUAUAUGUUAAGAGAUGUGGAGAAUUUUGGUUUUUGUGUAUGCCUCCUAUAGGAGAAAAUUUGUAAAAGAAGACAGUCUGCUAUAAGAUCUUUCACAUUAUCAUAUAGUUUGCAAUGUUAUUGCAGAAUGUAUAAUAAUGUUGAUGUAAUUCAGUCGAAGAUCUUUUUAAAAAAUUCAAAGGUUUGAUUUAGCCAAAGAGAAAUAAAUAAAAAGACUUAUUUACCAUCAAUUUAUUAUGCCACGGAAGACUGGUUUCACAUUUUAAUUUACUAUACAUCCUCAGGUAUCCGGUACGGCAAAUUUAAUGCUGAAAUUACAAAUUAUCAGUGUGAGGGUACUGUCUGAUACAAAAUAUAUAACAAUUAUAUCAAUAUUAUAUGUGUACAGUUUUGGUGAUGUGCAAUUUUAAAUUAUAUGAGUUUUACUUACUUGACCAUACAAGGAAUGUUCUUAAACGUACGCGGGAGAGUAAUAACGGAGCUUUAGGUAUGGUCCCACGUACAUUUAAAAAUAUUCCUUGUAUGGGCAUGUAAGUAACACUCAUAUACUUUAAAAUGGUACACCAGCAAAACUGAAAACAUAUAACAUACACACUGUAAAUAGAAAUUUCGACACUUACUGGAAAAUGGUAGUUGAAAGAACAGUCAAAGAAAGUACUGUAAUUAGUAAAAUUUUUACUAUCAAAACUAUAACUGGCAGUGACAUCAUGGAUGAAAACAGAACAAAUUGACAUAUUUAAUCAAAUAGAAAUUUAAAAAAUUCUUCGUUUUGUGUUAUCCUUUUGUCUAUCUUUUCGCGGUUUAAUGCAAACAAAAACUGUAAAAAAUAUAGAAAAACUGAUGAGGGAUUUGGAUUAAACAUUCAUCAUCAUCAUCAUGCAACCUCUUUUGUGCGUCUUGUUGCCAUUUUUUGGAUAUUCGUUUAAUGUCGUCCAUCCAGCGUUAUUGGUGGUCGUCCUCUUGGGCGCCAAUCAAUUAGUUUUCUGGUCCAUCUUGAGCCUUUUAGUCUGCCCAAUUCCAUUGUAGCUUGGCUAUACGUUCGACGACAUCAGUGAUACCUUUUCUUCUCCUCGGGUCUUGGUUCCUCAUUUUUUUUUUGUUACGCUGAAAAUAGAUCUUUCCAUGCGCCUUUGUGCCACUUUCAUUUUUAGUGAUGUUGUUUUUGUGAACCGUACUCCGCCCAAGCAAGUAUUAUUCGUCGUUGAAAUUUAGAGGUCUGAUUAUCCUUGCUUAUUCUGAUUUCAUGAAUGAGAUAUAUGUACUUUUCUGUCAAUUAUAUCACUUGAUUUUGGAUGGUUAGCUGUUCGCUGGGAACCAAAUUUGUCAUAAAUUUGGUCUUACUGAUGUUCGUUUUUAUACCAAUUGUUAAAGAUAUGUUUUCUAAUUCUUGUAGCAUGUACUGUAUCGUCGGCAAAACGCAGAUGAUUGAGCAUUGCCCCGUCUAUUUUUAUUUCUCUAUUUUCUCACUUUAGCAUUUUAAAGGCGUAUUCGAGGACCGUUAUAAACAAUUUAGGUGAGAGAGUGUCUCCCUGUCUCACACCUCGCUUUAUAUGACUUUCUCUGGUGGUAUCAUGUAGCUUUACACGCAUUGUGGCGUUUUGGUACAAUGUUUGUACUAACUUUGUAAGCCGGUAGUCUAUUUUACUAUUGUUCAGAGCAGUUAUAAUGCUGUCUAAUUCCACGGUAUCGAAGGCUUUCUGAAAGUCUACGACGAUAAGUACCAGUGAUCUGUUAUAUUCUAUCGAUUUUUCUAUUAAGGUUUUUACUGUUUUGUAGGUGAUCGUUUGUUCCGUAUUUUGAGCGGAAGCUAGCUUGUCAUCUUCUAUCGUUCGGUGGACCUUUUCAUUCUUAAUUUUCUUAAGUUUCCUUUGAUUUCUCUUCUAGUUUCCAUUAGUUGCUUUGUUUCAAUGGUUAUUUUUUCGUUUAGGGUAUUUACAUUAUUUAUGCAUUCAUUUUGUUGUAGGAUUUUAUUGAUAUUGUCUUGGUAUUCAUUUAAAUUCGUUGGGUCGAUUCAUACCGGGUUGGCUUUUUUAUUAAUCAUUUUGGAUCUUUCUGUACUGUGACCAUGUUGAAUAUAUUUUUUGUCACUGAUUAUGUAGUCUAUCUCGUUUCUGAUUAAAUAUUAUAUGGGCUAAAAAUAUGAAGAUUUUCAUAUCGAGUCGGACAAAAGUACAAAAAACAUUAGGCAAGUAACCGGAAAGUAUGAAAUAGAAAAUAUGUGCUUCAUAUUCUCCCUAGUACUAAGUGGAUACUAAGUAUAUCACGACAUAAGUGGAAAACUUUCCCUAUAUACACAUAGUUUAAAAACUUUUGUAUCAUUUAAUGUUGUUCCUUUAAUAAUCAUCAUCAUUGGCUCCCAUGGUGGAUCUUGGCCUGCUCGAGAAUAAGUCUCUCAUUCUCUCAUAUUCUUCGCCUGGGUUUCCAGUUUCGUACUCCCAACAUACUCAAGUCUUCCUCUACCCGAUCCUUAAAUCCUGUUCUGGGUCUGCCUCUCCUUCUCACUCCAUCUAUUCUUUGGUUAUAAAUAUGUUUUGGCGGCUUCGUUUCAUUCAUUCUCUCUAAGGUUCGUCAUACAGGCGGUAAAGUUCGAAAUUAUAGCGUCUACGCCAUAGUCCGCCCUCCUGUACUCCAUAAACGUUCAUCUUAAACGUCCUUCAUCGCUCUUUGUCAUCGUCCAUGUUUCCGACGCGUAGUGAGGAUGGGCUUGAUAAGAGUUCUGUAUAUCACUAGUUUCGUUAUUUUUGUAACUAGGCUUGUUGUUAAAAAAUUUUUUAAUCGUUCUUUUAUUAAAUUGUUUUAUUUAUUUAACAUGUGUUACAUAAUGCGGCCUAAUUGACAGAUGACAGAGCCGCCAUAUUGAAGUAAACGUCUGUUACACUGCUAUAUAUAUUCAUUGCCUGUUCAAAACUAUAAGUAUUCGCUGUGUGAAUGCUAUCUGUUGUAUGCUAUAUGACAAAUGUAUAUCUAUUCAAAAGUUUUAAGAAUGGCAGAUAUCAUCACAAAAUGAACCAAAAUAAAUAUGACUUAAAACCAAAGAUGUGGCGGAGAACAUUAACGGAGAGACUUACUAGAAACAAAACAACUUUACAAUCGAAAGAUACUACAAUUUCUUCUUAUAUUGGUCAUUGGGUCUAAUGUGUUGUUGAACGGUUCGAGACAUAUUUAAAGAUACCUAUGUAUAUUUUAUGAAAGUCAUGAACUAUUUAAAAAAGUUAAAUAUUUAGCCCGAGAGUUCAAGCCACAACUUCAAGCCAUUCAAGACUCUAAUGGAGAAGUAAAAACCGACAUAGAGAGCAUCGCAGAGACCUGGAAAAAUUACUGCUCAGAAUUAUACAAAGAUACUUCAAAAGAUGACGCAUCAGUCACAGAACACAAAAAACAUGCAAUCAGAGAGGCUGAACCAAUCAUUUUACGAGCAGAAGUAGAGAAGGCUCUUAACCAACUAAGAAACAAAAAACUCCAGGAAUCGAUGGCAUAACAGCGGAGACUCUAAAAGCAAUAGGCGAAAUUGGCGUAGAUGUAAUGCUGGAUAUGUGCAACAUGAUAUGGAUCACAGGUGAAUGGCCUGAUGAGUGGUGUGAAUCAACCUUGAUCCCUAUCCAUAAAAAAGGAUCAUUAACCAUAUGCAGCAAUUACAGAACCGUUGCCUUAUCCCUCAUGCAAGCAAAAUCCUGCUACAUAUAAUCAAUGAACGGCUAAAGAACUUUCUACUUCCAGAGAUAGUCGAAGAACAAUGUGGAUUUGUACCAGGAAAGGGAACGCGUGAGCAAAUACUCAACACCAGACAGAUAGUAGAAAAAGCGAGAGAACAUAACAUACCAAUGUUGCUCUGUUUUGUAGUUUACACAAAGGCUUUUGAUUCAGUAAAAUGGGAUCCUCUUUGGAGUAAAAUGGAAAAUAUGGGAGUACCUAACCACCUAGUUAACCUAAUAAGAAAUCUGUAUAAUAAAAACUCAGCCAAAGUUAAAGUACAUGGAAUAUAUUCAAAUGCAUUCAAAACAGAGAAAGGAACUAGACAAGGUUGCAUACUAUCACCAUUAUUGUACAACAUAUAUUCUGAAUAUAUAAUGAGAAAAGUACUAGAUGAAUGGGAUGGAGGAAUCACUAUAGGAGGCAGAAAAAUCAGUAACCUGCGAUACGCAGAUGACACACUUAUACUAGCAGCGAAUGAAGUCGAAAUGAUUACCAUCAUCGAACGGCUAAGCCGAAUAAGUGAAGAAUUCGGACUUUAAAUCAACACCAGAAAAACAAAAAUAAUGAUUGUAGACAGAGCAAAUAAUAAUCUACCGCAUAUACGCCAAAUAGGGAUUUUCGAAGUAGUCGACAGAUUUGUAUACUUGGGCUCUCUGAUAACCAACAAUGGUGAUUGUUCCUCAGAAAUCAAACGUAGACUAGGAAUGGCCCGAACCGCAACUGCUAAAUUAAUUAAAAUAUGGAAAGACCGAACAAUAACAAGGAAUACUAAGCUUAGGUUGGUCAAUGCCCUUAUUUUUCCCAUUGCUACAUAUGCAGCUGAAACAUAGACUCUCAAAAAAAUCGAUAGGAGUAAGAUCGAAGCCUUCGAAAUGUGGGUAUAUAGAAGAAUUCUACGCGUGUCCUGGACAGAACAUAGAACCAACCUGUCAAUUCUGGAAGAGCUUCAUGUAAAAGACAGGCUACUAAAAAAAGUAAACCAAGCAUACCUAACUUAUUUCGGCCACAUAGCUAGAAGAACGGGCACCAUGGAACUAUUGGUAGUAGAAGGUAAGGUAGAAGGCCGAAGACCAAGAGGAAGAUCUCCAAUACGAUGGGUGGACCAAAUGAAGAGUUUGGUGGGAAAAUCCCUACAUGAAGCCGUCCAUAUGGCACAAGAUCGCAGUCAAUGGAGACAGCAGACUAAUAAUAUUUAGGGUGUCACUACGCCCUGACAAGGGCUAAAGGAUUGAGGAGGAGAUGUAUAUUCAGUAUUUACAAAUGUAAAUGGACACUUUAUGGUCAUUGUUCAUUUAACUCAAUUAAAUAACUCCACAUCUCUGAUACAUAUACUUUACUAUUAGCUUCUACAUUAUAAAGACAAUAUUUUGUAAAAUAUUUUUUGUAAUAUCUGUAUAUAAUUUCCAGCUGUAUAUAUUGACCAGUAGUUAUAUAUUUAUUGUUUAUGGCAGAGAGUAUCAUAAGUUUGUGAAUGAAUAUUCCUUUACUAGAGUAAAAGAGUAAAUUGAUGUUAAUACUAAACAAUGAAUGAAAAUUUCAGUCAGCAUGUUAAAAUUUAUUGAUAGGUUUAGUUGACUACUAAAUAUUUGGAAUAUGGAACGGAAACUGUUCUGAAAAUAUGUUUAGAAGUGACCAUAGCAUACAUUGGAGUACAAAAUAUCUCGAACGGAGGGAGCUAGACAUUAUAAUAGGUAGAUAACUCUUUUAACCACUUAAAACACUGAAUAUGACAUAAAAAAGAAAAAAAUAAAACUAAAAAAUAUUGAAAGCUAGCUGUAAGCAAAAAUUGGUGAAAAUGUCAAAAUUGGACAGAGUAAGAAACCAGUCAAUGAGAGAAAUAAUGUUAUACGUAAUGUAGUAAUGUGACACGUUAAACAUAUUUAUAUAGUAGUAUAUGGUUUUUGUUUAUCUAGUGCACAGAAUAAAAAAUUGAUCCACAUGAUCCAAACUUAUGAUACACUUUGUUAAUAAUUCUGUUCACUUACGAGUAUAUGCAUGUAUCCAUUGAAUGAUCCACGUUAUUGAAUGUAUCCCAAUAAAUUAUUUUUAAUUUU